CAAGACUUAACAGGUAGGUACUAGUCCACAAGAACAGGAAGAAGGGUUUGUGUGUGACUUUGACCAUGUGGUCUGAGACAGGUUUUGCAUGUUUAGACAAACCAAUUGAAGAUGAUGAUCCUGACAGAGGUUUACUAGACUAUAAACUAGGGCUUUUAUAUUGAAAGUUCUAUCCAGAAGUGCUCUCGCCUGUUCCCAAUAGCUCGCCACUGGCUGACAGUCACUGAACUCUGGCAGCUGAAAAAAAAAUGGAGUGUCGAUGUGACAAGGACAACUUUGACAAUGCUGUUUCAGGCUGGUGGCCAAACAGCAACGGCAUCCAGAUGGGAGCUCUGACUGUGGUGGGCUACCUACUCUACAGAUUCUCACAGACCCUUCCAGCUCUAAUCCGAUGGCCAAUUCGUCUUUUCUGCUCUUUAACUGGUCUGACAGCUCUUUGGGGUUGGGUGGGUCGCCUCUUAGGAACAGUUCGUGGAAUCCAGAAUCUGUUUAACCUGGUGUCUCGGUUAUGGCGGUUUAUCAUUGCGUUUUCCUCCAAAUGUAAGUGGCUGGUUGAAGUCAUCAAAACAUUAACAGGAAAUCAAACAGUGGAGUUAGACAAAGAUCAGACCAGCAACAGUCCCACCAAAGCUGCCCUGAGAUUCAUCCUCCUUGGACCCACUGGUGGAGGACGAACCUCCUUGGCUGAAAGGUUGUUGGGCAACAGUGAGAAAGAGGUGCCAAAAAAUCAACUAAUGCAGAGCAGCAAGCGAAGGACGUUAGUGGAUGGUAGAGAGGUUACAGUAGUCGACACUCCGGAUCUAUUGGGCUCAUCGCUGGGGAUCAAGAGCAGAGCCAGAGAAGCUUUAAGGAGUCUUCAGCUUGCUAGUCCUGGACCACACGCUUUCCUCGUCGUGAUCAAGGCUCCAGGCUCCAGCAGGAUCGACCAGGAUUUGACCCAGGCAAUCGGAGCCACGGUAGAGCUGUUUGGAGAGGGAGCCAUGGAAUUCAUCCUCCCAGUGCUCACCCAUGCAGACCGCCUGAGCCCGGCCUGUACUGUGGAUCAGCUCCUAGAUGUGGGUUCUGGGGGGCUAAAAAGAGCCGUGCUGCUGUGUGGCCAGAGGCCAGAGUUGGUGGACAACAGGGCGGGUCGCCCCCUAGAGGCACAGAGGGAGCUGCGCGAGCAGCUGGUGGAGCGUGUGAUAGACAUGAAGAAGCUGAGAGGGCAUUUCAUCCAUGAGCUGCAGAGCAGGGAAAACCACAUCAGGGAGGAGCUGCUUGCGGACAUGUCCUCUGCACUGGCUCAAAAACUGGAGCAUAUGAAAGGAUGCUAGUAGUGCACGUCGCUGGGGCACUAGAAAAAUAUGAUAGGAAGAUUUAUUUACAUGUUAAAAAUGUAAAUAAGUGUGGAUUUUUGUCUCUUCACUGGUUUAGCUCAGCUGCUGGUUACAUGUUGGUUUCCAACCCAGCUUAGAUAAAUGCCCACAGAAGAUUUAUUUUCUUCAUUAUUCUCAGUGCAAGUACAUUUUUGUUGUUUGCAACUCAUUUUGGGGUUGGGCUGCAACAAACGAUUAUUUUGAUAAUCGAUUAAUCUGUCAAUUAUUUUUUCGAUUAAUCGGAUAAAAAAAAAAUUAAAAAUAUAUUAUUUCAUGUUUUGCUUUUUAGAAAUCCCUUAGGGUUUGUUUCAUAAAGUUGGAUUUUGACUAUUUAAAUCUCAAACAAAACACAAAAUCCAGCGUUUGAAUAAUAAAACUUCCUGCAAGCCUCUAAACAAAGCAAGCAUAGUUUUGUUGUAGAGCUGCAGCAGCUCCAGUCAAUCUGACUGUGGGAAAAAACCCACGAAGACACGGGAGAACAUGUAAACUCCACACAGGCUCCUUCUGGCUCUGAGGCAACGGUGACAACCACUAAAAACCAUGUCGUCACAUUUUAAUGCUGCUGUUGCGUUUAGCGUCUGCACCGUUUAAGUUGCGCUGUUCUGUGGCGGCGCCGUUCAUCACUGUGUUCAUCGUGAUUGCGCAGCCAGCUGACACUUGCGGCAGAACACAUUAAGUAACAGAGUAACUUUUAACACAGCGGCACUUAAUGAAGCGUCUCCACGUGACGCAUAAACAGCGUUUGUUACUGCUGCUACAUCCGGGACACCAGUGUUUCAUUCUUACGUUCUCCUGCGUCAUAGUAUUUACAAACCACCAGCUGUAUGACUUGCAGGUUAACGUUGUCUUUGUUUAAUACUUAAUGCGCAUAUAAAGACAUUAGGGCGCAGCCUCCCUCCUGCUGCCACUUUGUUAGUUUUCUCCGGCAUUUCACCUGCGGCUGUCUUAUUUUGCCGUGGCGCUGCGCAGUAAAUCAUAAUCGAUCAAUUUCCGUCAUCGAUUAUUUUCGAUUCGUCGAUUUGUUGCAACCCUAUUUUGGGGUUUAAAUUAAAGGUUAAAAGAUGAUACAUCAAUAAACUAACAUAUCAGAGAAGGACUUUUUAUUUAUCAACUUCUGAUCUACUGACUUUUUAUUUGCACAAUGAAAGUUGUGGCUCAGAGUUUAAGCUUGAAAUGAAAUGAUUUGAAGCAAUCAGGCCCUGAACAGUACCCUUUGGGACAGUAUUGAAUAUAAAUAUAUAUAUAUAUAUAUAUAUGUGUGUGUGUGUGUGUGUGUGUGUGUGUGUGUGUGUGUGUGUGUGUGUGUGUGUGUGUGUGUGUGUGUGUGUGUCCAGUGACAAUAAUUUUGAUUUCCAACCUUACAUGUUACACAUUUUUAUGUCUUGUUGUCAUAAGUGUAGUAACACAUUUUCAAAUGGUUUCCACUGUGCUAGAUUGUGCAGAGACUGAUUCAGAAAGAUGAUGAGGGUCUCUCCAUGUAUCAGCCAAUGGUGGACCUAGCAGACAACCUCGGGUAGCAAAAGACAGGUUUUGAAUAAGCUGCAGCAAAAUCCUAACAAUAUCACAGAGCCUGCUGAUAAAGGGUUUUAUCAUUUAUCAAUAAGCAUUUAAGACAACUUAUGACCAGAAUCAUUCCCCGCUGUGGGACUAAUAAAGGCAUUCUUAUUAUAAACCUACUGAGGACAGUUUGCUGCUACAGAAGCAGCACAGAAUCAGAUCUGUCAUACUACAAUUCCAUGUUAAAAGUAUUGUUACUGCUUGGCAGAGGGAGUAUAUGCACAGUCCUGAUGGGAUACACAGUUUUAUUUGUUACCUAAAAUACAUGAGGAAGGUGACACUCAGACGAUCCAUCAGGAAGGCUGAAUGUGUCCAAUUGCAAUAGCUGCACAUAUAAUAUUUCUCAAUACAAAACACUGUUUGUAAACCAAUUCCAAUAAACACAUGUUACCUUAAAGAUACUUAAAAAUGUAAUUAAAAUGUAUAAGUGCAAAUUGGUAUGAGAAAUUAAAUCUUAUAAGCUGUUUAUUUCAGAGUGCAGUAAAAAAAGUUUAAUUACAAAAAUUUACAACUGCCAAGUAAAAGAGAAAUGUCUGACACCA